GCGAAAGAUUGUGAUUUUACCGUUUUCAACUUAAAGAGCUCGCAUUCGAAGAAAUUAAGAAUUCAGUGAUACAUAUAUAUAUGUAAUUAGAUUCUGAACGGCGUUUUUAGUUAUCUUUUUAAUUAUAAACGUUUCAAUACGCGGCACGCUUGGCUUACAUUCCAGUAUGUCUGACCGUCCGUUUACCAUAACCGAGAUGGGCGAUCUGCAGACUGAUGAGGAUCUUCAGCAUGCGAAAGAAUCUCCCGUUAUUCAGUACAAACAGGCGCUUCAAGCUCCGUUAUCUCGGGAUCCUCUCGCUCGAUUGCAUCGCGGACCGUUUGCUCAUAUGAUCCCUUCGCGAAAAUAUGAAGGAGACUACGAAGGAGAGCGUGUUAACUUCGAUGACGAAUUUCUGGACAACGGUUUGCAGGACGGGGUGGAAUAUGGUUCGACUUCGACCAAGACGCACCUGCCAGGUCCGGAUCAGAAUUCGUCGAUGAAUAACCUUUUUUCGCCACAGAUGAGUCCGGAAUAUGUCGAGCAGCAUAAAUUGGGAUAUAUGAGAGAUUUCGAAGAAAUGGAUGGGUUGGCUGUAACACGGGACGUCAGGAACGAGAACCAUGCAUAUCGACUGCAUGAACAUGCAAGUCCGAACGCGGAACCGGAAGUUCAAAAAGAGAACCAGAAAGUCAGCUUCGGCGCGAAAAUCCUUAAUUUCCUGCACUGGUAGUGGUAAUUAUUCGGCAUAUUUCUUAAACUGCAUGCGGUUUCAUUCUGGAUUGCGUACUUGUACUUUCAGGAAGCAAUUGUUUUUAUCAUCACUGCCAUGAUGGAAUGCAUGUUUUUCUUAAGGAUGCGUUUGUCUGUUUUUUUUUGUAUGAUGGUGGUACAUUUUGAAGUAUUCAUUUUCAGUAUUUACACUCACUUAUGCAUGUGCAGUGCGCCGAAGUUUUAGGUUGAUUGAAUUUAGCACGAAUACUGUACAGUUAGUUCUGUGUUAUGUGGAGAAUAGUUUUUCAGCUAUUGUUUUUCAAGU